AUGGCUGAAAAAGGUUACAACUUGAGGGUGAAUGAGAAUAAAGCAAGGAAGCCGGGAUAUGCAAGAACUUGGUACGGAAACGAGGUCGUUUCAAACAUCCCAGUUAGCAACGACGGUACAGAAGAUUUCAUUUCCAUUGCUAUGACCCAAAGCAAAUAA